GCUGAUCGGCUGCCUGCAAUCCAACAUGGAGUAGAGAGAGAUGGGGCUCUAGCGGGGCCACCCCUCGGUAACAGCAGCGACAACGCGCUUUUUACGCACAACUGGAACCGGAGUCGUCGGUGAAAACAUGCGCCUUAGGACUUAAAAACGAAGCGUGUGUGCCUUUGUGUGUCCGUGUGUGUGCUUGUGCGUGCGUGUGUGUGUGUGUUUGGGAAGGAGGAGGAGGUGGUGGUGGAGGAGGAGAAGGAGGAGGAGGGGGGCAGCAGAGGAGAGGAGAAGCGCUGGAUUAGGCUACUAAAUUGUCUGUGUAGGCUACGUUACCAGCUGGAAGACGAUGGGGUAUUAAAGUUAGGAAAGAGGCAUUUGUGAUCCAAAGGCAAGUGGGUGGCUCUGGGAGGGAAAGUGUCGAAAGAAGACGGAGACACAGCCAGUCGAAGGCAGCGCACAGAGCCGACACUCGCACAAAGGCGCAGGAGGGAUUUAUGCGGAAUUGGAGACAGAAUCGGAGCAGCCGCGGUGAAAGAAUGACGAGCGAAAAGUAUGCAACCGCCGUGGUCCAAUACCUGAGGUGAAACGAGAAAAUGAUAGAAGAAACACACCCAAACGAUGACAGCUACAUCGUACGUGUGAAAGCGGUGGUGAUGACACGGGACGACUCGAGUGGCGGCUGGUUGGCCCAGGACGGGGGCGCUCUAAGCAGAGUGGGGGUGUGCCGCCUGCUGCCUCCAGAGCUGGCACCCACGCCGGCCACCAGCACCCACAGCAGCUCCCAGUUCCUUAUCCACGGCGAACGGCUGCGGGACAAACAGGUGAUCCUGGACUGUCCGCUGCGGAAGGACCUGGUCUACACCAUAGCUACUCCCACAUUUCACCACUGGAAAGUGGAAGACCGGAAGUGUGGUCUCUCCUUCCAGAGUCCAGCUGAUGCCCGGGCUUUUGACAGGGGAGUUCGGAAAGCCAUCGAGGACCUGGCUGAAGGCUCAACAACCUCCUCUACAGCACUCCAGACAGAAGGCGAGCUUGGCGACGACGACGUCUUUACUAACACCACAGACAGCUCAUCCAACUCCUCCCAGAAGUUGGAGAGCUCUCUGCAGCCGCUCGAGUCCUCACCACUUCCUCAGAGACAUAGGUGCAUGCUGGGACAUCGUCAUGACCUCCAUGACCCUUACCGCCUCACAGACCACUAUUUCCUGGACCAGCCUCUGUCUCGGCUGCCUCGUCAUGUCACCUUCCAAGAGGAUGAAGAAAUUGUUCGCAUCAACCCCCGGGAGCGCAGCUGGGAGCGAGCCACUGAGCGUCUCCACGGACAGCGCCCCUGGCUCACGGGCUAUGAGGACUACCGUCACGCCACUGUGCGUGACAAGUUCAUCCAAAUGGACGACUCUGAGUCCUACGUUGACUUCGCUAAGACGGAGGCGCAGAAACACGACUACACCUACCCUCUGGCCCCAGCCCUGUCACCCUCAGACUCUGACCCUGCCCUCGGACCCUUGCCUAAUAAGGGCCACAGUGGCUCUUAUCGCCAUGGCUUCUCCUCUGUGGUCUCCACGCAGCCACGCCCGUACCUACCUGGCUCACCUUCCAGCAACGGUGGAAAGGGAAGAAAGUCGGAAGGCAUGGAGCGUGCUCAGUGUGAGCACUGCGGUGAGGCCUUUUACCUCUCUGACAACAGGAGAGGUCGGUGCCAGGAUGCGCCAGACCCUGUGCGGGCGUGCAUUCGGCGGGUCAGCUGCAUGUGGCUCGCAGACACAAUGCUGUACCACUGCAUGUCUGAUCCAGAGGGGGACUACUCAGACCCGUGCUCCUGUGACGGGGGUGAGGGCAGCGUCGGGGGUCGGGUCGGCACACGCUGGCUAGCCCUAUCCGGUUUGUCGUUGGUGGCACCCUGCCUCUGCCUGUACCCCCCUCUUCAUGCUUGUCACAGGGCAGGGCUUGCGUGCGGCUGCUGCGGAGGCCGACACAAGGCGAUGAGUUGAGCCACCGCACUUGGAAACCUCUCGGAGGAAAACCUAACCCAACGCAAGCACAGGGAAAUGGAAGGACAGGGGAAAACAUGGUGGGGACAAGUGGUAAUGGCUGCUCGCUCUCUUGCCUUGGUUUCUCUGGGUUUCUCUACAAAUUCCAGACACUGAAAUAAGCCAAAAAAAAACAGUUGGUGCAUUUUCUGAACAGCCUGGGAAGAUAAGCUCCCCCUUACGGCAGACAGUUCUCUCAGCUCUUCACAUGGCCAUUUCAUGCUCUGUUUCUAAUGAGAGAGCUCUUUUUCAGGGGGCCUUUUUUAUAGCUGACCUAUAUGUCAUGUAUAACAUAUGCAGGUACUUUAUACUUUGUACACUGACUCGGCGUCAAAGAACUUGAAUUUUUUCUUUUUGUUGUUUUUUGUUCUCUCUUUUAAUGUAUGCGUGGCCAUUUUGUUUAUAUUCUAUUCCAAUACAUGGCCCGCUCAGCUCAACUCCAGCUAGAAGAAAAGUCAGACACUACACCUCUUCAUGUGCGUGUGUUGACUGUGUGUGUGUGACUGUGUGUAUGCGACUGUGUGGAUGGUAUAUGUGCAUGCCUACAAUGAGCGCUGAGGCCUUUGUCUGUUCUGCAUCUUAUGGUAAAGCUCAUGUAUAUAGUCUGCAUAGCUCUCCACCAACAUCUACUUUGUUCACUGAAAGAAAUGUGGUACUCAUCUUAAUCAUCUUCUAAUAUCCCAAAGAUUAAUGUUUUUAUCCUAUUUAUUUUCUCUCUGAAUUAUUCUACCAGCAAAGAGGUGCUGGGUACCAGUUAUGAUCACUCACUGAAUGAGACGGUGCCUCAACUCAUGCUAUGAAUCUCUAGCAUCUGUCUCACUGCUCCUGUCAUGGUUUUAAACAGUGCCUAAACUAUUAGACAAACCAGGAACCAAUCCAGUCUUAGAAUUCCAUUUUCUUGGCAUUCUUUACUUGUGUACACACGGUGUACUUCGGCCAAUCAGCGUGAGAUUUAAAGGCUCUGAUUUCCUCCUUUCUUAGCAGAACCUCAGUCUACAGUGAUCACUUUCAGGACUGAGCUCAACACAGAUAACAAUCAGAGAUCACAGUAAAUCAGUGCCUGUUAUGCCUUAAAAAGUGGAGAUGAGAUGCUCACACUCAUGCCUAACUCUCUCUGAAGAUGUCUGCUAUAACAAACAGUGAGCACAGUGAAGGCUCCAAGCAAUCAGCCUCAUUACACACUGUCGAAGCUUGUUGUAAACUAUUUUUGUAAUGAAGACAUUCGCAUCAAGUGUGUAAAGAAAAAAAAAAAAGAAAAAAAAAAAAAAGGACUCGAGUUGCCUGCGAUGUACAAUCAGUUUCCCUCUUUAAGUCCCGCCCUUCAGUAGAGCCAACCAAUCACAUACUGUACUCCGAAAAGACCCUCCUUAUGGUGUCCAAACAUCCCAAACUGCUUUGACCCACAUUGACGUCAGUUUUAAGUAUCAAGUCUCCCAAAAACUGUGGUAAAAAUAAAUAUAUAUAUUAUUAAGACGUCUCAGGUGUAAAAACUCAUCGCUCGUGAUUUUCUAUCUUCAUUUUGGCUGAUGGGGAGGUUAGAAAGCAAAAACUAGUCACUCCUUUUUCAUUUUUCUUACUUUUUUCUUUUUUUUUUUUUUAACAAGUUACAUUUAAAAAAAAAAAAAAACUAUAGUUGAAGUUGGCUGCUGUUAAGAUGUAGUGAAAGAAUAAAUAAAUAAAUUGACUGAUUAAAAAAAUAAAAUAAAUGUAGGUAUAAAACUUCUGACUUCUUUUCUUUACCAAAAACAUUUAAUUAGCAGUGAUUUACAACAUUAUAGAAUAAAUUAAACCAGUUUCAGUUAUUUAUAAGAUUAAGGCCCCAUGUCAUUUUAUAUAUGCCAAUAUUUUUUUUUACUGUGAAGUAUAAACACAGUCACGCUCAACUCAUCUUUUUGUGUUGUUUUGUCUUUUGCCCCUCAUGCCAAUUUAGGUACAUCAUCACACCCAAAAGCAGCUGAUACUUGACAUUAAUAGAAAAGUAUGUCCCUUCAGAAUAAUAAAAGGUCUGGCAAUGACCCAGUACAGACACUGGAGGAAAAAAAGCCUGUCUUACACAUCUGUGUUUAAGUGACACUGCAACCAGUCAAUCACAUCCUCCCUUUGAAAGCACAACACUAAACCAACGACCGCUUAGGCUCUUUUUGCUUUGUCUGAACCUGGUCGACGAGCGGCGUCAGGGAUGUGACUGUGAACACAAUAAGCUGGUUAAAAAUAAAGACCAACAUCUGUAGUGUCCCAUUGGAAAAGAACGUGCAAAAAAA